UUUUAGCUUCCUAGCUCCGAGCUGAUCUGCAUUUCUCACAUCACUAAAGGUGGCUUCGGAAUAUCGGCUCAUUCAGGGUUUGAACGAAGGAGAAAAGAACAUGGACCAAGACGCUUACGCAUAAGAGAAUGAGUUUGCUGUACUGCACCAUUUUUUAAGUCUUGACUUGAGAGUGACCCAAGUGAUUCCAGGAUGGAUGCCACCACAAUUCUACCCUUACUGAGGAAGAAAUUGGCUUUUUUGUCAGGCGGCAAGGACCGGCGCAGCGGCCUGAUCCUGACCAUCCCACUAUGCACCGAGCAGACAAGCAUGGAAGAGCUUAGCUCCACCCUGGACUACCUGCUCAGCAUCCCUAGUGAGAAAUGCAAGGCGAGGGGUUUCACAGUGAUCGUGGAUGGCAGAAGGUCUCAGUGGAAUGUUGUGAAGACGGUGGUUCUCAUGCUGCAGAAUGUCAUACCGGCCGAGGUGUCCCUGGUGUGCGUGGUGAAGCCAGAUGAAUUCUGGGACAAGAAGGUCACUCAUUUCUGCUUCUGGAAGGAAAAGGACCGACUUGGAUUUGAGGUGAUCCUGGUCUCGGCCACUAAGCUCACGCGCUACAUCGAGCCUUGUCAGCUGACUGAUGAGUUUGGAGGCAGUCUGCAGUACGACCACAUGGACUGGCUUAACAAGAGGCUGGUGUUUGAAAAAUUUACCAAGGAGUCGACAUCCCUGUUGGAUGAACUUGCCACCAUUAAUGAAAAUGAAAAGGCGAAUCAGCCAGACAAGGCCAGGCCUUCAGAGAGCAAUGCCCUGCCAUCAUUUGACCCAGAAACUGUCCUACAAACAGGUCAUGAGUUACUGUCAGAGCUGCAGCAGAGACGGUUCAAUGGCUCUGAGGCUGGAAGUGGUGGUGGAGGUGGUGGUGGUGGUGGUGGUGUUAGUGGUGGAGGAACGGCCUGGUCUCCUAUGGAUGAUGAGCUGCUGGCUCAGCCUCAGGUCAUGAAGCUGCUGGACUCCUUGAGAGAACAAUACACCAAGUACCAGGAGGUGUGUCGCCAACGCAGUCGCCGCUCACAGCUCGACCAGAUCCAUACCAAAGUCAUGCAGGUGGUAAACUGGCUGGAGGGUCCUGGUACAGAGCAGCUCCGCACUCAGUGGGGAAUCGGAGACUCGAUCCGGGCCUCACAGGCACUGCAGCUCAAACACGAGGAGAUUGAGAGCCAGCACAGCGAAUGGUUUGCCGUGUAUGUGGAGCUGAACCAGCAGAUGGCAGCACUGUUGAGUGCAGGUGAUGAGGAAGAUCUGAUGGAACUGAAAGCUCUACAGCAGCAGCUCAGCGAUGUUUGUUACAAACAGGCCAGCCAGCUGGAGUUCAGACAGAAUGUUCUGCACUCAGCUCACGAGUUCCACAGCACCGCCCAGGAUCUCUCCCAGCAGCUGGACGGGUUACUGGGCAUGCUCUGUGCAGACGUGGCCCCGGCUGAUGGAGCUGCUAUUCAACAAACGUUGAAACAUCUGGAGGAAAAACUAAAGAGUGUUGAGGGAGCUCUGCAAGGUCUUAGAGAGAAGGGCCAGGUGCUGCUGGACCAGAUUUCCAACCAGACGUCCUGGUUCUAUGGGAAGGACAUGCAGAUUGAGAACAAGGAGAACGUCGACCACGUCCACAGCGUCAUGGAGGACAUGCAGCUACGCAAACAGAGGUGUGAGGACAUGGUGGAUGUAAGGCGGCUGAAGAUGCUGCAGAUGGUUCAGCUCUUCAAGUGUGAGGAGGAUGCUUCACAGGCUGUCGAGUGGCUCACCGAGUUGCUGGAUGCCUUGCUAAAGACCCACAUCAGACUGGGUGACGACGCCCAGGAAACCAAGGUUCUGCUGGAGAAGCACAGGAAGUUUGUAGAUGUUGCCCAGAGUACUUAUGAUUAUGGCAGGCAGCUGCUGCAGGCUACCGUAGUGCUGUGCCAGUCUCUGCGCUGUACCACCCGCUCCUCGGGCGACACACUGCCCAGACUGAACCGUGUAUGGAAGCAGUUCACGAUCACAGCCGAUGAGCGCCAGCACCGCCUGGAGAUGGCCAGAGACUUUCACACUGCUGCCGAGAGGGUUCUGAGGGAAAUCCCAGACCAGGCUGGGUUGUUGGAUAUGGAGAUGUUUGAGGAAGUGGAAACAGUAGGGAAAACUCUGCUAGACCGACUCACUGUGCCAGUCAUUUUUCCUGAUGGAAGCGAGCAGUUUUUCGGCAGCCCUGGUGAUAUGGCGUCCUCGGCUGAGAACAUUCGUGACAAGAUGAAGCUUGUGGACGACAAAAGGCCAAAACUGGAAGAGACGGAAGAGACGGAGCACGUGCAGGAGGAAGCAGCUCCGGAGCUCGAGUCUGAGGAGAGUUAAUAAACCCUUCCAUCACUCUGACUCUGAGAGGAACCUGGAGUUCUUUUCUCAUCCUUCCUACACCUACCUGUCAUAACUCUUGUAAUCUGCCUUUCCAAGCCAUCAGAACCUUACAGGAUUGGUUAGGAGGAGUAAACAUGUCGGCUCACUGCAUGCACACAUACAUUACAACACUAAAUCAAUAAUAAAAACCCGUGUAUGAAGCUUUA